GGACCUAAUGGUGAGAAGAGGACAGUAACAUCAUGGUCUUCAGAUCCAGAGAUAACACAACCUGAAACACAUUUCACACCUGUACAACACACACCCUCAAACUUUAAUACCCGAACCAGUACUAGAACUUAUUAUACACCGAAUGGUGAAAAACGUGUGAUACAUACCACCUCCAAUAGUCCUCAGCCUUCUGAUUUUAAUCAUAAACCCAAAUAUCCCUCAAUAGGUGAUAUUAAUUGGCCAACAAUUGAUGACUCUACUUUUGCUCAUCCUUGGGAUACAGCAGAUCCCGAUGAUUCUGAUGACGGUUGGGAGGUGGUAGGAGAACCUGAAGUAGAUACCACCACAAAGAAACAAUUUGAGUCGUGGACACCAAAAACAUGGGAAUGGCCACAAUUCCCCACACAUGCCACUACUACAACCAGCACCCCAACAACUACCACCACUGCUAAGCCGAGAGUUCAUAAACCUUUACCAAGUUUAGAUGAUUUUCUUAAAUCCCAAUAUGGACCACCCUCAAAUAGAGCACCAGCCUCAACUACAACCACAGCUAAGGUACCAACAACACCAUCCCUAACAACUACCCAACAACCCAAGGUUAUCAAUAUCGAUGAUUUACCAGUAGUGGAAGUAUUACACAAUGGCAAACCCGCCAAUGAAUCGGUCUUAAAGAGUCUACCUCCUCAUCUCACGCCUCGCCCUUUAACAGAUCACGUUUUAAAAAUAGAAAAUAAACAUCCCAUAGAGGAAGAUAUCGAAGUCUAUACUCCCAAGGUGGAAACUAAUAUACGCACAUUUUCCAAGACACAUAUCGGACCGGAAAAACCUUCCAUUCAAGAUUUAGAUCCACAAAUGCAAGAAGUACUAAGAAGAGCCGGUAUUAGUCCCGAAGAUAUAACAAACAUUGAUGGUGAUACCAUAACUAAAACACGCACUGAACCCGAUGGUCGUAUUAUAACCACCACUUAUAAAGUGAAUACAGUACCCACACCAGCAGCUUCUCAAGAGCCACAAUAUAAACCCCAAACACCACAGGUGGCUACACACAUAUAUAAUUCUUAUAAUCCAAGAGCAGUACCCUCGAUCAGCCCCUUGGCUCCUUUACAUCCCCAACUAAGUCCCAUUUCGGAAUUUUUAGCUCUUUUGGGUUUAACAAAGUUCGAUAUCACCUCGAGAAAUGGUCAUUAUACGAAAACAUUUAUCGAUGACAACGGUGAGGUCUUGACAGCUACAUUUGUUUUAAGUUCUCCCAAGAGUGCAAAGAAAGAAGAACAGCCAACACCCAAACCUUAUAAGUGAGAACGUUGAGGGUUAAGAGUGCCAGAGAGAGAGAGAGAGCGAAUGCUAUAAAUAAUGUAUAUAAUAAACUCCCUUUAAGUAUGCUAUAGAAUUUAAGAGAAAUUUUGAAAAGAAUUGAUAUUUAAAUAAAUUUUGAUUAAAAACUAUUGAAAUCUAAGUUCGAACUGAAA